AUGUGCAUGUUAUUUGGAUUUCUGGGUGGAAUUACGAUGCUGUGGCAGAGUGUGGGGGAUGGUAUUCUUACCUCAACAAGCAGAAGGGUUGGAUUCCAGAUGAGGAGACAGUGUUUAUUUUUGACGAAGCACAGGUGUCGUACAAGGAUCAGGAACUCUGGAACGAUUUGUUCAAGUGCAUACACGACUACCCUGAGCGUCGCGCCAUUGUCUUUGCAGGUUAUGGCAGUCCAUCUUCGAUUAUUAAGAUGCAAGGCUCUCCAAUUUUCGUCGCACCUGAGGCGAGGAUUGGUUUACAUCCCACCACCGAGGACAAUCUCCCAGCUGUGGGUCUCCUUUUUACUCAUGCAGAGUUUGAUGAGCUGGUUUCAAAGCACUAUCCAGACUCACAGUAUCAUUUUCAUCGUUCCUUCCUUGAGAUGGUCUUCGAGAUUACUGAAGGACACAUGA